AUGAUUGACAGGAUGGAAAUGCUGUUUGCCAUGUAUUUCCUUUUGUGUUGGGCAGAAAAAGCUGGAGUAAUUCCAGUGAAUUUGCAACAAACAUCAUUGCUUUGGAAAGAUACUUACGAACGAAUGGCUGCCUUCAGAAGCACCCAUCCAAAUGUAGUAACUAUUCACCCCGAUCACUUGACUGACAUAUCCGAUGAAGUCGUCAUGGAGAUAGCACGUUCUGGAGGUUUCCCUCCACCUAAGUUCUCAAACCGAAGUGAUGCUAUAAUGACGGAUAAGUUUGUGUGUCGAUGGAAUGCUCGUGUUGAAGAAGACAAUCUGAAGAGAAUAAAACUCGAAGAAGUAAAAGCAAGCAGAUUAGAGGAGUAUGAAACAAUUAUAAAAGAUGAAACAGAGGAGAUGCCAACCACGUCACCAAAGGAGGCGACUCAAGACGACGCUUAUAUGUAUGUGAAUAAGAGGUAUCGAAGAAACUUCAAUGAAUUUUGGGAGGCUGAACGAAAGCAAAUAGAGUCUUUGAAGGUGGGGCUUUCCUUUGCAUAAAA